AUGGGCGCUGCAGCUGUUUCUGCUCGCGCCUUAUGUGCAGCAGCUCUGUCCCACAACCUUUUAUUUUUCCAUCCUUCUCCAAUCACAAAUUGCCAGGUGGCAUCUGUUGCAGCAGGGCUGCAGUUCGGCUGCGCUUUACAGCUCUCUCUGCUCACGCCGUAUGCGCAGCAGCUCGGUAUUCCCCAUGCCUGGGCCUCCCACAACCUUUUGUUUUAUCAACACCCUAUCUCCCAUCCUCCUCCAAUUACAAAUGGCCAGGUGGCGUCAGUUGCAGCAGGUUUGCAAUUCGGAUGGGCGCUGCAGCUGUCUCUGCUCACGCCUUACGUGCAGCAGCUCGGCAUUCCCCAUGCCUGGGCCUCCUACAUCUGGCUCUGUGGGCCCUUGUCUGGCCUGCUAGUGCAGCCUUUGAUUGGUCAUUGGAGCGACAGCUGUCGCUGCCCGUAUGGCCGGCGCCGCCCGUUCAUCGUGGCGGGGGCGGCUCUGGUGGCGGUGGCGGCGAUGCUGAUUGCAUUCUCGAGGGACUUGGGGCAUAUGUUGGGGGAUGGGAGGGUGGAGGAAGGGAGGCCGCUGGUGGGAGCGAUUGUCGUUUUCAUUCUGGGGUUCUGGCUGCUUGACCUGGCCAACAACAGCCUACAGGGACCGUGUCGAGCUCUGCUGGCCGAUUUUACUGGCACAGAAGGCAAGCGCACUCGCAGAGCGAAUGCAUACUUUUCUGCUUUCAUGGCUUUGGGCAACGUGCUCGGCUUUGCAGCUGGCUCCUACCCGCACCUCGCCUCCGCCCUCUCCGCUCCUCUCUCACUCCUCCUCCGCCCGUUCGGGGGGUUCUCGCUGGUAACCGCCGCGUGUAACGGCGUGU